GCCAAUUUUCUAAGCCAUUCGGUUCUGCUCUCUUUCUCUCUCUACGAUUUACGGUUUUACGAACAAAAAAGUAGAGAGAGAAAUACAAUUUAUGCGUACAGUAGAUAUAUAGAAGUAUAUAUCUGCGCGAAGAGGAUUGGCCUAGGGUUUAUCGGAGGAGGGUGAAAGAGGAGCAGAAGAUGGGCCAGCAAUCGUUGAUCUACAGUUUCGUGGCGCGGGGAACUGUGAUCCUCGCGGAUUACACCGAAUUCACCGGGAACUUUACUGGAAUCGCGGCGCAGUGCCUCCAGAAACUCCCGGCCACCAACAACAAGUUCACCUACAACUGCGAUGGCCACACCUUCAAUUAUCUCGUCGAGGAUGGAUUCACAUAUUGUGUUGUGGCUGUUGAAUCUGUUGGAAGACAGCUUCCCAUGGCAUUUCUAGAGCGAAUCAAGGAUGAAUUCACAAAGAAAUAUGGUGGAGGAAAGGCGGCCACAGCUGUUGCCAAAAGCCUGAAUCGAGAAUUUGGGCCCAAAUUGAAGGAGCAAAUGCAGUAUUGUGUUGAUCAUCCUGAAGAAAUCAGCAAGCUCUCAAAGGUGAAAGCUCAGGUUUCCGAAGUUAAAGGUGUGAUGAUGGAAAACAUCGAGAAGGUUCUUGAUCGUGGAGAGAAAAUUGAACUUCUGGUUGAUAAAACUGAGAAUCUUCGUUCUCAGGCGCAAGAUUUUCGGACACAAGGAACCCAGAUGAGGAGAAAGAUGUGGCUGCAGAAUAUGAAGAUAAAGCUGAUAGUACUUGCCAUCAUUGUGGCCUUGAUCCUUAUCAUAGUUUUAUCGGUCUGUCAUGGAUUCAAAUGCCACUAGGAAACACCUACCUGCCUGUUUCGACCAACAUUGAACCUUGUUUACCAUUGAAUUUUUUUGUCAGACACUUGCUAUAGAAUAUCUGUAUUCUGUGAGAUAAUAUUUGUAUAGUUUGUAUUUCUGGAUUGCUUUAAUGUGUCUGUCUGUCAUGUCAUGCCAUAUUGCCAUGUACUUGGUACUCAAGUUUGAAAUUUUCAUGUCAUAUUUUGUUGCAAA